UUUAGAUCGAAGACCACUCAAUCGUCUUGACAAUUGUCCACUCCAAUUUCAAACAAAUAAUAAUGUGUGUUUAAUUAUUUAUAAGUUAAAGGUGUUGGUGUUUAGAACAUUUGUUUACACGGCUUACAGAAUGUUCAAAACAUAUAUAAGUAUAAAGUUGGUAUAAGUAAACAAACAACAAUUUAUUAUUGUGUGCCUGGCUUUUUUUAUUGAAAAAGUACAUACUAGGUAUUAGUGGCGUAUUACUAUCAAAAUUUUGUUAUUUAAUAAUCUCUAACCUAUAUAUUGUAACAUGUGUAAUACAUAUUAAUAUGUUACUUACAUAUAGUAAUAACUGUUUUUAUUUUAGGUAAUUGUCCGUUUUUAUGUAACUCUUAUUUGGCAUUUAUGCUAAUAAUCGAUUGUAAAUAGGUACCUAAUACGUCUAUUUACACUUCAACAUAUCCUAAAAUUUAUCGAUAUGUGGCUUGUCCAAUCGUUUUGGAAACUGUGCGGUCUGUUCAAUGUCGAUCUAACUUAUAAUAAAUUCCAAAACGUAUACUCAGUACUCUUAAUUGUCACAUGCGUUUACAAUUUUAUCACCGCGUCGAACGCUUUAUGCAAAUUAGACCAUUGGUGUGACGUUUUCUCUACGGCCAUGAUCGGGAUGUACACUAGAGUGUUGGCGUCCACUACUCUCUUGUCAAGGAUAGCCAUAAUGGCUCAAUCGAAACAAAGUCUACUCAAGUACAAAGAAACUAUAAAGGCUUUCGAAAUAUAUUCGCCGACGUCAUCUACCCAGCACAAGAACUACAAGAUAUUUUCGUUCGCCGUCGUUUUCGUGUGUCUGAGUAUAAUCUUACCAAUAAAUAUAAGCCGGUUGUAUUACCUGUACCAAAACGAGUCCUCCGACGUAUCGUUGUUAAUCUACUAUCUGUUCAUAUACAUUCAAAACCUGAGCAUGUGUUGUAUAGAAACGCAAUUUGUCACCCAGUGUUUUAUAAUCUACACCAGAUUCCGGGGAAUCAACGACGAUUUGAAAAAACUACGAAACGAAAACGUUAAUUACGCUAAAUACCCGUUUAUUUUGGGCUCGUCGGCAACUAUGUGGAAAGAUUACAAGAAAUCGUUCCAGUGCGUCAGGUAUGACAAGGACUUUUAUCGUCCGCGGCUAAUUAGUCAUCCGAUGGCCAAUGCUGUGGAGAUACUCAGAAUCAAGCACUGGCUGACUCGCCAAGCGGUGGACAUCCUCAACAAUCUGUUGGGUAUCCAGAUGGGACUGUCGGUGUUCUUGUUGUGGGUAAUGGCCUUGUUUGAUAUUUAUUAUGAGAUAUUUCACAAUUCUCCGUCGAAGUUAUUGGUCUACGGUUGGCUGUUUCAAUACUCUCUGAGAUUGUUUAUGAUUAUCUUAGUAGCACACUACACGACGAAACAGGCAAUAAAAUCAAAAUCAAUCAUUUUAGAUACAAAUAAUCAAAUGUUGGAUAAUAGUACAAAAGAAGAGUUAUUGUUGUUUGUGAAUCAAAUACGACAUCAGUCAAUCGCAUUUACUGCGUGUGAUUUUUUCACCUUAAAUACACAAAUUAUAAAAUCGGUAAGUGUAAAUAAAAUAUAAAGUUAUUAUACCUAGGUACCUACAUGAAAUGGUUGGAGUGUUAACCUAGACUAACCUGUUUCUUAGUUCUUUAUAUUAUCGACAUUUUACCAUUAUAAAAAAUUUUUGAUUUCAAUUUUUUGAACAAAUUUAAAAAAGCUCUAAUGGUGAAAAUAAAGUCUAACGAGUUCUGGAACUAAUCCAAAAAUUUCCAAAAAGUUAAAUACCGCAAUAAAUUUGUUGCAUAUAUUUCAUAUAUUGUGCCUAUUAAUUAUUAUGAACUAUGGAUGUAUUGCUAUAAUUUUAUUUGUGAUUGUGAGUAUACUAG